GCGGUAGACAUCGUCGUGUAAACAAGUAUCUUACAUUUCAUCACAAGAUGAUGGGAGUACAAGUUGCCGCCAGAGAGGUGCAACCGAUAUCUGGUUCACCGCCAGACAAGCCGAAACUUAUGCAUGGCGGUAACUACAUCAAAGAAGGGCGAGAUUCAUCAAAGUCUACUUGGCUGUUGUUCUCUCCGGAAAGAGACGAAGCAGGCUCCCUAGCGAGGUUCUUGAAUAUUUUCUCAACCCACGGAGUUAACCUCAGCCACAUCGAGUCUAGGUCUUCAGCCAGACGUCCAGGUUACGAGUUCAUGGUCGAAUGUGAACACGGCGCUGGCGAUUUCGGUGCUGCUUUGGAAGAUUUAAAGAAUAAUGUGGGAUAUCUAAACAUAAUCUCAAGAAACUACAAGGACAAUAGAUAUUUUUAUUUGAAAGGUGCUGUGCCGUGGUUCCCGAGGAGGAUACGUGACCUGGAUCGAUUCGCUAAUCAGAUCCUAUCGUAUGGAGCAGAAUUGGACUCGGAUCAUCCAGGGUUCACUGACCCUGUAUACCGGGCGCGCAGAAAGUACUUCGCGGAUAUCGCUUAUGAAUACAAACAUGGACAACCGCUGCCUCAUGUCGACUACACUAUGGAAGAGAUCGGCACUUGGGGAGUUGUGUUUAGGAAACUUGUCGAACUGUAUCCUACUCACGCUUGUAAGGAACAUAACCAUGUUUUCCCCUUGUUGAUUGAGAACUGUGGGUACAGGGAGGACAACAUUCCUCAAUUGGAAGACGUCUCUAAUUUCUUAAAAGAUUGUACUGGUUUUACACUGCGACCAGUGGCAGGUCUGCUAUCUUCGCGUGACUUCCUCGCUGGCCUGGCGUUCCGCGUGUUCCACAGCACGCAGUACAUCCGCCACCAUUCGAAGCCGUUGUACACGCCGGAGCCAGACGUGUGUCACGAGCUGCUCGGCCACGCUCCCCUCUUCGCAGACCCCGCCUUCGCUCAGUUCUCACAGGAGAUAGGAUUGGCCUCUCUCGGUGCACCCGAUGAUUACAUUGAAAAAUUGGCAACGUGCUUCUGGUUUACGGUAGAAUUUGGAUUAUGUCGGCAAGAUGGUAACAUAAAAGCUUUCGGGGCUGGACUUCUGUCGUCGUUCGGAGAACUCCAGUAUUGCCUGUCUGAUAAGCCUGAAUUGAGAGAAUUCGAACCAGAACUGACAGGAGAACAGGAGUAUCCAAUUACGGAAUAUCAACCUAUUUACUACGUGGCUGAAAGCUUCGAAAGUGCCAAGGAGAAAAUGAUAAAAUUCGCUCAGACCAUACCACGUGACUUCGGAGUGAGGUACAACCCUUACACACAAAGUAUCGACAUACUUGACUCUCCCAAGCAAAUGAAAGAUCUCCUUAAAGAAGUACACCAGGAAAUGGGUCUAUUACUCAAUACUAUGGACAAAUUGUAGUUUAUAAUUAUUAUUAUUUAUGUGAAAUAGCUUUAAAUCUAGCUUACAUUAAUGCUUUACGUUAAUCUGUUUCACUUCUGCUGGACAAAGUGAAUGGUUAUUAACAUAGUUUGUAAGUUUUAACUAAUAACUUUAUGUUGUAAUUUUAUUAGGAGGAGUAAUUUAAAUAUAUGUAAAAUCAUCGAAACAUAUCAUUUUAAAUUUAUCAAGCUUGAACCAACUAAUAAUUAGGUUAACUUUAUUUAACAUUAACUUAAAUUUAGGUGUUUUUAGAAUAUCUGUAAUCAAUGU